AUGGAAAGGCUUCAAGCUGCUUUGACAUAUCGGGUGCAGGAUAUCCAUAAGAUUCAAUACCUUUCCGGCUAUAGGGAAGGGCGGAUGGUUGUUCGGUUGGUUAAUACCUUAAGUAGGAAUCAGAAAGAAGCUAGCUACUGCCUAAGUCCAUCAAAUGCUGGCCGACUGCUUCCCUUGAUGGAUCUUAUUCCCGCAUUCCCGUUGAAGCAUCAGUUGAUCCUGGCCGGUUGGUUAUGGAUUAAAGGAUGGUAG